AUGGAAAGAAAACUAAUAACACGUCAGAAAACCCACAAGACUUCCUGUUUUCAGACUUCCUGUAGCUCAGAGCUGUCGCAGAGUUCGUAAAUUAAUUGUUAUUAGUUUAUUUUGAAGGAGAUUUAAUAAUGAACACGGUUUUAUCGAGAGCGAAUUCUUUGUUCGCCUUUUCUCUCAGCGUAAUGGCGGCUCUCACUUUCGGCUGCUUCAUCACCACAGCGUUCAGGGACAGAAGCGUCCCGGUCAACAUCCACGUCUCCAAAGUGCUGCUAAAAAACGUGGACGACUUCACGACAGCAGGAGAAAGGAGUGAUUUGGGCUUCGUGACCUUCGACCUUUCUGCUGAUCUGCAGCCGAUAUUUGACUGGAAUGUGAAGGAGCUCUUUCUCUAUCUGUCUGCUGAGUAUUCGACCAAAAGCAAUGCAUUGAACCAGGUGGUCCUAUGGGACAAGAUCGUUCAGAGAGGAGAGAACACCAAACUUCAUCUCAAGGACAUGAAGUCCAAAUACUUCUUCUUUGAUGAUGGAAAUGGCUUGAGGGCGAAUAAGAACGUGACUCUCUCUCUCUCCUGGAAUGUGAUCCCAAACGCUGGGAUCUUGCCGUUGGUCAUGGGCUCGGGUCACUUCUCCGUGCCGUUCCCCGAAUCAUACGAAAGCAGCAAGACUUACUGAACCGUCCUGAACCAUCUUCAUCAAUGCUGUGUACUGUUGUGGGUUUUUAUAAUUAAAAAAAAACAACGCACAAAAACAGUACAA